AUGCCUUUCAUUCUGAUAACUGGCGUUUGGCUUCUAUCCCUGUCGUCAUUGGCAAGCGGCAGUCACCCAAAGAUCUCCUCCUGUGGAGCAGUACCAGUCGAAGCCGCAGCCUCUGGCGCUGCCAAUACCGGUUCCCCUGCUUCCUCCCCCGCUCCACCGUCCACCACGCCUCCUUCCCCCGCGCCGCCAUCCCCAGCACCCUUCCCCCUGAUUUCGCCUUCCGCCUCGGCGUUUGAAAAAGAUACGGCUAAACUUGCCGUCCUCAUAGCAGCCGCCGUGUCGCCCAAGCUGGGGCAGGGGCCGCCUCGCAAGGACCCCCACCUUCCCCCCUCGCCCUCCGCCGCCUCUAGCCGCCGCCUCGGCUUUGCCCAACAGGCGCCACGGCGACGGGGCGCCCCAGCCAGCAGCUCCUCCAGCUCAAGUAAGACCUCGAGCCCAAGUCCAAGCCCAAGGCCAAGCAUCAGCUCCAGCAGCAGCAAUAGCAACAUAUCUGUGGGGUCCAUGGAGGCUGCCCCUUUUGAUGACCAAGCCGGCGAAAGGCCUAGCUACAUGCGAGGCACAGCAGCGUCACGGGCAAAGGCCUCCAGCACUCGGGAGCCGUCCCGGUUGGGCUGCUCAUCAGCAAAACUGAGUUCCAGUUCCGGCGCUGGCACGGGCCCAGGCGGGCGAGCGCUAAUGAGUGGAGCGUACAGGAGAUCAGCACAAUACUGA